CAGAGAUGGUGGUGGAAGUGACAGAGGAUGCGGCGGAAAAGCUAGCAACGGCGGCCGAGAAUAUUUCAUCCGAGGUGGCGGAAAAGCUUCCCGACGAAAGCAAGCUGAAGAGGGCAGCCAUGGUGGUGGAACAUGUUUCGGAAAUAACUGCCCAAGAUGCUCAUGCCACAACACAAUUCAUUCACCAGGUUGAAGCAAUAAAGCAUGACCUAGAUGGCUUGGAUGCCUUGGUUGAACCCAUUGUUCACAAGAUCGUGAAGCAAGGACCCCCAAGAAAAAUAAUCUUUGAUAAUUACAUUUAUUUUAUUCACUUCAAUAUGUAAAUUACC